AUGACGGAAGUUAGAAACGCUCCUAGUGUGGUCGAGCAGUGGAUUCGGAGUGGCACAUCCACUCAGAUAAGCCCCAGCGCAGAUACCUUGCCGACAUCUCGUGAUCUAAGAAGGAGUAGUGGGUUGGGAACCCAGAGUUCGUCGGAAGAGUCAUCACAAGAGAAGAUCCUCAUCCUAAGCGAAGCUCGGGCAGGAGACAGUGAUGUAGUAAUUGGGACUUUUCUUGUGCAAGUUGUCCCAGCGGUAAUCUUGUUCGAUUCCGGAGCGUCCAACUCGUUCAUAUCUCCGGGACUCGUGAAGAAGCUAGGCUUAAACGAAGGCGUUGGAGUGAACUUGAGUGUUAAGGUGGCAUCUGGAGAAGUUAAAACCUGCAACCGUCUCUUCAAAGACGUUAAGAUAGUUAUCGGUGGAGAAGAGUUUCCCAAAAGUGGUUUUGAAGGGCCAAGCGGGAAGAGAGUGUCAUACCGAGGAUCAACAGAGGAACCGGGAAUCAAGAUAGUGUCGAUGUUGAAAAUGAAAAAGUACGUUGGGAAAGGUCAUGAGAUAUUUUUGUGCUCCGUCAAAAAUUUGAAGGCGAAAGGGGAUGCGGCUCAGACCAUACCCGUUAUAUGCGAUUUCCUUGAUGUCUUUCCCGAGGAGAUUCCGGGUAUGCCUCCUCCGAGAGAAGUUGAAUUCUCAGUGGAUCUUGUACCCGGUACGGCGCCUAUAUCGAAAGCUCCUUAUCGGUUAGCGCCCAAGGAGAUGCAGGAGUUGAAGACCCAGUUGCAAGAGUUGUUAGACAAGGGCUAA